AAUCGAAUGCAGUGCCCGGUAUGUCGGAAGCAUGUAACAGCGAAGGAUUUGGUCACCUUAUUAUCAUUUCGAAUCGUAAAGGAUAAUUCCAACAUGAAAAGUAAUUAUGAAUCGAGACUGCAGAUGAUGGUUUCCGUUUUUUUUGAAUUUAUUUGGCCAUGA